AUGGACCAAGACAGAGGUGUGCCCGAUAUCCCUGGGGAUUUGGUAGCCCCUGAGGUUGCAGAAUACUUGAAGUCACGAGUGUCGCGAAUUUUGAGAACAAGGUUCAAUUCCUUUCCAGGUUCUCAACCGGUUAGCUUUGCAAGAGAGCAUUUGACAACGCUAAAAAACAAAGACUAUCUUGUUUGUGAAAAAUCAGAUGGUUUGCGAUGUUUGCUUUUGGUAAUGAUCAAUGAGGACACUGGAGAGGAGGGGACGUUUCUUAUCAACAGAGAAAACCAAUAUUACAUAGUUCCUGGGUUCCAUUUUCCAAGGUCCAGCAAGAAUUUCGACAGCUCGCAUAAUGGUACUAUCGUUGAUGGUGAGCUUGUUUGGAGCAAAAAUCCAACCACUGGAAUCAGGGAAAUAAGAUAUCUUAUUUUUGAUUGUCUUGCUAUGGAUAUGACCAGUGUUAUGCAUAAAAACUUAUGGAAAAGACUGUACCACGCACAGCAUGAGUUUCACAAACCAUACAUGGAUCUUCGGCGGGCCUUUCCAGACGCUUGUGCUCAAUUUCCUUUCAAGCUAGAUUUCAAGAACAUGACACAGCCCUACAAAAUCCGCAAGAUUUUCCAGGAAAUGAAGAACUUGACGUAUGUUUCUGAUGGUUUGAUCUUAACUUGUUGUGACACUCCAUAUAUUCCAGGAACAGAUACCACUUUACUGAAGUGGAAGCCAGCAGAAGAGAAUACGAUAGAUUUGAAGCUGAAGUUGGAAUUUCCGAUAUACGUUGACGAGUCCUUACCCAAGCACGACCCGAACCGGGAAUAUUAUGACUACGAUGCGACCCCUACCAUCAAGCUGUAUGUCUGGAAGGGUAAAGAUGAGGCUGAAGACGAAUCCAUUGAAGAGAACAUCCAACGAAACGACGGAGAAUAUGUGAACAGUUUCAGUGGGUACGAAGAAUGGGAUCAGUUAACGAUUACGGACGAGGAAUGGGAACAACUAAAAAGAACAGGGGAGUCUUUUAAUGGACGAAUUGCAGAGGUCAGAAGAAACGAGAAAGGUGAGUGGAAACUCCUCCGUUUUAGAGACGAUAAGAUUCAUGGAAAUUACAUCACUGUUGUGUCAAAGGUGUUAAAAUCCAUAGAUGAUUCUGUGAGCAAGGAGGAGCUCAUAGCUGCCGAGGAUGAAAUUAAGGCUAGAUGGAUGGAAAGAGAAAAGCUGAAACAACAGUAUGCUCAGCACGCUCAACAUACGCACUCGCAUCAGCCUCAUCCUAAGCCUCAACCCUCCCCUCCAGAGAAACGCAAAAUAGAAGCUCCUCCGAAACCUGAGGACGAUGAUGAAUAUUACGAAUCAGAUGGUUUUGAAGAGUUGCCAACGUAUACCAAAACAAACAGUCCAAAAUAUGGAGACAUGGAACUUUCCAGUAAAAGAAGACAUGUAUAA